AUGCCCAGCUACGCCAAGUUCAUGAAAGAUAUUCUAUCAAAUAAGAGAAAGCUGGAGGAUAAUGAAACAAUCAUGUUUACUGAGGAGGGUAGCGCAAUUCUCCAACACAAAUUACCACUGAAACUAAAAGACCCAGAGAGUUUUACUAUUCCUUGUAACAUUGGUAAUUUGUAUAUAGAUGAGGCAUUGUAUGAUUUAAGAGCUAGCAUUAAUUUAAUGCAUUUAUCUCUUUUUAGGAAACUAGGUUUGGGGGAAGCAAAAUCAACAACAGUUUCACUGCAGUUGGCUGACAGGUCGAUCAAGCACCCUCGUGGUAUUUGUGAAGAUAUUUUGGUGAAGGUCGAUAAGUUUAUCUUCCCAGCAGACUUCAUUAUUCUGGAUAUGGAGGAAGAUAGGGAUGUCCCCCUCAUAUUGGGUCGCCCAUUUUUGGCUACGGGAAGGAUUAUGAUAGAUAUUGAUGUAAUAAAAGAAGCGGUGUCAGAGACAUUUAAACUAGAUCACCCUCAAGAUCUGCUUGAGUUGUGUUUAGUGCAUUCUCAGGAUCUACCAUCAGAAAAGGAGGAAGCAGAAGAAUGUAAAAGUUAUUUGGUAGCCAUACCACCAUUCUUCAAGCAACCACGACUGGAGCUCGGUGAAAGACCCACAACACCUUUACCAUCUAUAGAACAAGCUCCAGUUCUUGAACUCAAACAACUGCUAACUCAUCUUCGUUAUGCAUACUUAGGGGAAAAGAAUUCACUUCCAGUAAUUAUCUCAAACAAUCUUACAGAAGUGGAGGAGGAUCGGUUGCUGAGGGUGCUUCGAAAGCAUGAGACAGCAAUAGGAUGGACGAUAUCGGAUAUAAAAGGGAUCAGCCCUUCACUUUGCAUGCAUAAGAUACUGAUGGAAGAUGAUUACAAAGCUUCAAUUGAGCAUCAAUGCAGAUUAAAUCCGACUAUGCAGGAAGUUGUAAGAAAAGAAGUAUUAAAGCUUUUGGAUGCCGAGAUCAUCUAUCCCAUAUCAGACAGCCAUUGUGUUAAUCUAGUACAGGAAAAAUUGGUUUCUACUCCAGUGUUGGCUCCUCCGGACUGGGAUUAUCCGUUUGAGCUUAUGUGUGAUGCCAGUGAUCAUGUAGUGGGGGCAGUGUUGGGUCAACGUAAGGGGAAGAUUUCUCAUGUUAUCCACUAUGCUAGUAAGACUUUAGAUAAGGCUCAAAUGAAUUAUGCUACUACAGAGAAAGAGCUUUUGGCAGUGGUGUUCGCUGUUGAUGAAUUCAGGUCAUAUUUGAUUGGUUCAAAAGUGAUUGUUUAUACAGAUCAUUCAGCGUUAAAAUAUCUAAUGAGUCAGAAGGAUGCAAAGCCGAGACUUAUUCGUUGGAUACUCCUAUUACAAGAGUUUGAUCUGGAAAUUAGAGAUAAAAAGAAGAGUGAGAAUGUUGUGGCAGAUCACCUCUCACGCCUUGAAUCACAUGAGUCAAAUCCUACAUUGGAGAUCAAUGAAGCCUUUCAUGAUGAAAUGCUCUUUCAGAUUAUCACUACACCAUGUUACACCGAUUAUGUCUAUUAUUUGGCUCGCUCCAUCAUCCCACCAGACUACUCGAGUCACCAAAAGAAGAAAUUCUUCAGUGACCUAAAACACUACUUUUGGGAUGAUCCAAUUCUUUACAGAAGGGGUCCAGAUCAGAUCAUACGCCGUUGUGUGCCAGAGGUAGAGCAGCAUCAAGUAUUAGAGUCAUGUCACUCUGCACCGUAUGGGGGCCAUUUCGCAGCAACCAAGACAGUAGCAAAGGUACUGCAAUUGGGUUUUUAUUGGCCUACAUUGUUCAAAGAUGCCCAUUAUAUGGUGAAACAUUGUGAUAAGUGCCAAAGGACUGGAUAUAUUUCAAGGAGGAACUAG